AUGGAUGAAAACAUGAAUAAAUCUGUUGUAGUCGUGGAAAAGAACACGUUUGAUUGCAUAGCACUUCGUGAAGAAACAACACAACCUCGCGAGAAUCGUUCAUCAACUCGUAGUGAACACGCCACUAUGAUUUCACGGCAUUUGCAAGAGGAUAAGUCGAGUUUGUAUAGCGUAAGUUUACCGCAGCAAACGGGAAUUAGCGACGAUGCUUCUAUAAGAGAAAUUACAGAACAAUGUGAGAAUUAUGAAGGUGGAAUUUCUCAAGAAAACCUUGCUUUGCUUCCUAAACAACGCCGUCACGGUGUCGUUAAAAGCGAUGAAUCAUCGGAUCAGAGGCAACGGAAGAUAGGAAUUGCAGAAAACAAAGAAUCCGUGUCGGACAGGACAUUUUUAAGAGUACUGCACAAGAAAUUUUAA